GCCACCUCUUGCUCGCGCCACAGGUGCAACGCCGCAGCCUCGACGACAAGGCGGGUGUGUGUUCAUCUUGCGACAACAUCCAGAGCUGGGCUCUGACAGACCAAACAAGCCAACAUACCAUGGACGUUGCGCCGCCCGCGCCGCGAUGAACAACGAGCAGUUUCGCAAGCUGAUUGCCGCCAAUUCGGCGUCGCCCCAGGGCGCCAAGGAUGGACCAUCUCCCCCAUCCACGGGCGGCGGCGGCGGCAGCGGAGCGGCUCUCGGGUCGCGGCAACGAGCCUUUGUGCCCAUGACGCCGCGAUCGGUGGGAAACGCCCAGGCCGACUUUGCGCGGCAAAUGGCAGAGCGCAACGAGGCGCUGCGACCGCAAAAAAGGCACAAGACUUCGGCGCCAAAGGGCUCAAAGCUCGCUGCCGGAUACGUCGAUCGCGCACAGCAGCGGCAAGACGAAGCCGAGGACGAUCGAGAGGCGCGCCUGAAAGCACUGGAUCAGGCCCUCAAGAGCGGCGAGAUCGACCGGGAAACGUACGACAAGCGACGGUUCGAUAUUGCAGGGGGGAGCCUUGACAGCACACAUCUCGUAAAGGGCCUCGACUUUAAGCUACUGGAAAGAAUACGGCGAGGCGAGGAUGUCUACGGAAACAAGUCCAAAGAAGAACCGGCUGAGGACGAGGAGCCUGCCGAGGAUGACAUAGAUGAGGCGUUUGAUGAUCUCGAGCACCAAGAAGUGCGCGCGGUUGAACGAGAGAAGACGCAGAAGAAGGGACAGUUCUCCACGGUCGCGCGCGAGCCGGGCAAGAAGCGGUCGCGCAACCAGAUUCUGGCGGAGCUCAAGGCAGCAAGAGGGGCAGCCAAGGCGCAACAACAGUCAUCACUGGGAAGCAAAUUCAAGAAGAUUGGCGGCCCCAAGCAGAAGCCAGGGACGCGGAUAGAGCGGGACGCCAAAGGAAGGGAAGUGCUCAUCAUCGUCGACGAGGACGGCAACGAGAAGAGAAAGGUGCGCAAGCUCCAGACGGCGGACGACGAGGCACCUGUCGAGUCAAAGCGGGACCUCUUGAUGCCGGACCCCAAGGCCAGACCUUUGGGAAUGGAAGUGCCCGAGGAGUAUAGAAAGAAGGACAUGCCUGAGGAGGACGAGGAUGUCGACAUCUUUGCCGGCGUGGGCGACGACUACGACCCGCUGGCGGACAUAGACGGCUCCGACUCGGACUCGAGCGAAUCGGACUCGGACAAGGUCCAGAAGGAACGCUCGGAGGAACCAUCCAAGACUACCGACGCAGCGAUGAUGCCACCUCCUCCUAAACCCGCGGGGCCCUCGGCAGCUCGCAACUACUUCAAAGAUUCCAAGACGGGCCUGCUAUCGGAAGAGGCGGCCAAGGGACCGUCCAUGUCGGACGCGGACAUGAUGGCGGCCAUCAAGAGAGCGGCGGCGCUGCGGCCGAUAGAAGGCGACGAGGACGCCAAGGCCAAGGAGGCGGCGCGGGCGACGGAGGAGCGGCGCAGGCGGCUCCUGCAGAGCAGCGCGCGGGACGACGAGGACCUCGACAUGGGCUUCGGCACGAGCCGGUUCGAGGACGAAGAGGACUUUGACGACGACAAGGUGAAGCUCUCGACGUGGGGCGACGAGGACGGUGGCGAGGGGCAGGCGAGGGGCGGCGGGCAGAAGCGCAAGAGGGGGCCCAAGAAGCGCAAGGGCGACGCCAACAGCGCGGCGGACGUGCUGCGGGUCAUGGAGCAGCGCAAGAAGUGAGCCCGGGAUGCGGAGGCGGAGGGAAUCCCAGUUGUGAUGUGCACAAUGGAGGGGUAAAGACCACCGUCGCGGGAUCCCCAGACGACGACGGCGGCGGACCGAAUUGGGAAUGCUUAGCGCUGGGAUAUACGUAUAGUCGAUCGGCCAACUCCGGGUGUGGCGUUGGAGGUGUCAUGGGAGGCAGAGGCGUUUGUAGGCGCUAUGUAGUGCACGAAUAUGACAGUGCCAUACCCGGCAUGAUUUCCACAA